AAGAGGCAGCAGCGCAACAACGCCGCGCUCCUGGAGAACAGCGACGAGUACGAGUAUCUCAAGGACGAGGUCGCGCGCCGGCUGAUUGACCGCCUGGAGGACAUUGAGCGCGAGUUCCCGUUGGCGCUGGACCUGGGCUGCGGAAGCGGGCACCUCUACAAGAACCUGAGCGUGGACGACGGGCUCGGAGGCGUCAAGAAGCUGAUCCAAUGCGACUCCGCUGGCGCCUGCUCUGACGCUCGUUCGCUUGGUGUUUAUGUGCCUGCAGUGGAGACGGCGCGCAUGGUGGUGGACGAGGAGUUCCUUCCGUUCCCCAAGCACCACUUCGACCUGGUCAUGAGCUCUCUGAGUCUGCACUGGGUGAACGACCUCGAGAGCACCUUCCACCAGGUGCUCGACACGCUCAAGCCCGACGGCGCGUUCAUCGGCGCCGUGCUGGGCGGAGACUCGCUGCAGGAGCUGCGGAGCGCCUUCAUCCUCGGCGACCAGGAGCGGCAGGGCGGCAUCUCGCCGCACAUUUCCCCCUUCAUGAACGUCGCCGACGCCGGCAACCUGCUGUCGGCCACGGGCUUCAACUUGUGCACAGUGGACACGGACUACAUCCAGGUGGACUACCCGAACGCCUUCGUGCUCAUGGAGCAUCUGCGCGGCAUGGGCGAGAACCACGCCGUGCAGUCGCGCGGCGCCCCCGCCUCGCGCGACUCGCUGCUGGCCGCCGCCUCCAUCUACCAGUCCAUGUUCGGCCAGCCCGACGGCACGGUGCCGGCCACGUUCCAGGUCAUCUACCUCAUCGGCUGGUCGCCGCACGAGUCGCAGCAGAAGCCGCUGCGCCGCGGCUCGGCCCAGCACUCGCUCAAGGAGCUCGGCCACGCCUAA